AUGGCGGCUUUUGCGACCAAACAAUCUCUGUUGUUGUUGUCUCUUCUGCUCUUGAUCGGCCUAUCCACGGGAAGUUUCUACAACAACUUCGAUAUCACUUGGGGAGAUGGUCGUGCCAACAUAUUCGAGAGUGGACAGCUCUUGACUUGCACUCUCGACAAGAUCUCUGGUUCGGGUUUUCAAUCGAAGAAAGAGUAUUUGUUCGGAAAGAUCGAUAUGAAAAUGAAACUUGUCGCCGGGAACUCAGCCGGGACCGUCACUGCUUACUAUCUUUCUUCGAAAGGAGAGAAAUGGGACGAGAUCGAUUUCGAGUUCUUAGGUAAUGUUACCGGACAGCCUUAUGUUCUUCAUACAAAUGUGUUUACCGGAGGCAUAGGUAACCGCGAGAUGCAGUUCUAUCUAUGGUUCGAUCCCACUGCGGAUUUCCACACUUACACCGUCCACUGGAACCCUCUCAACAUCAUCUAUCUAGUCGAUGGAAUCCCAAUCCGGGUGUUCAAGAACAAUGAGGCUAAAGGCGUGGCUUACCCAAAGAGCCAGCCGAUGAAGAUCUACUCGAGUCUAUGGGAAGCUGAUGAUUGGGCCACACAAGGCGGUCGAGUCAAGACCGAUUGGACUAAUGCUCCAUUCAGCGCUUCCUACAGGAGUUUCAGCGAUGUGGAUUGUUGUAGCCGGACCUCGAUAUGGAAUUGGGUUACGUGCAAUGCGAACAGCAACUCGUGGAUGUGGACUACGCUUAGCUCCAGUCAGCUUGGACAAAUGAAGUGGUUCCAAGAUGAAUACAUGAUCUAUAACUAUUGUACGGAUUUCAAGAGGUUCCCUCAAGGUUUGCCUGCAGAAUGCAACCUCGGCUGA